UCCAUCCAACACGUGGCAAUCAGGUCCCAGGUCCCAGAUUUAGGAACUCCUCCCCUCUUAGUUCUGUGUCUCCCAGAGGUGAGCACAGAGUCAAUAGGAGAAGUAAUGAGGCUGCAGCAGAUGCAAUCGGAGACGUUGACUCUGAUCCUGGUCAACCUGGCCGGGAUCAUGGAAAGAGCAGAUGAAUCUCUGUUGCCAGGAGUGUACAAAGAGGUUGGUGCAGCUCUGCACACUGAUCCAACAGGGCUUGGCUCACUCACUCUCUUUCGAUCCAUAGUUCAGUCGUCAUGUUAUCCUCUCGCUGCUUACCUGGCUACGCAUCACAACCGAGCCCACGUUAUCGCUCUCGGUGCUUUUCUCUGGGCCGCCGCCACUUUCCUCGUUGCCAUUUCCUCCACUUUCUUCCAGGUGGCAGUCUCAAGAGGUUUGAAUGGGAUUGGCCUUGCCAUAGUUACCCCAGCCAUUCAGUCACUUAUUGCAGACUCCACUGACGAUCACAACCGAGGAAUGGCUUUUGGAUGGCUCCAAUUGACAGGAAACCUUGGCUCAAUCAUCGGUGGGCUCUGUUCUGUACUAAUAGCUUCAACAUCAUUUAUGGGUAUCCCUGGUUGGAGAGUUGCCUUCCAUUUGGUUGGAGUAAUAAGUGUCAUAGUUGGCAUUUUGGUCCGCCUCUUUGCUACUGACCCUCACUUUUCUGAUGGUAAUAACUUGGCUAAAGACAAAAUUCCGAGUAAACCAUUUUGGUCAGAAGUGAAGGACCUUGUUAAAGAAGCCAAGUCAGUUAUGAGAAUCCCAUCCUUCCAGAUAAUUGUGGCCCAAGGUGUCUCUGGUUCAUUUCCCUGGUCGGCUUUGUCUUUUGCCCCCAUGUGGCUAGAGCUUAUUGGCUUCUCUCACAAAAAGACAGCAUUCCUCAUGACCCUCUUUGUAAUUUCUGGUUCAAUUGGGGGCCUGUUUGGAGGAAUGAUGGGGGAUGUCCUUGCUAAACGCUUACCAAAUUCUGGUAGAAUAAUUCUUUCACAGAUAAGCUCAGCUUCAGGCAUCCCUUUGGCCACAGUAUUGCUGCUGCUCUUACCUGAUGAUCCAUCCACUGCAUUCAUGCAUGGUUUGGUCUUGUUCAUUAUGGGGUUGUGCAUAUCUUGGAAUCCUGCAGCAACAAACAAUCCAAUAUUUGCAGAAAUCGUCCCUGAGAAAUCUCGAACAAGCAUUUAUGCUCUGGACCGAUCUUUUGAGUCUAUAUUAGCAUCAUUUGCACCUCCUGUAGUCGGGAUUUUGUCACAGCGUGUUUAUGGUUAUAAACCAAUUCCGGAAGGAUCGACAGACUCAGCUCAGAUUGAAACGGAUAGGGAGAAUGCUGCAUCACUUGCCAAGGCACUUUACACUGCUUUUUCUAUUCCAUUUGCGGUCUGUUGCCUCAUCUACUCCUUCCUGUAUCGUACAUAUCCAAGAGACAGGGAGCGAGCUAGGAUGCAAGCACUGAUAGACUCAGAGAUGCAACAGAUGGACAGAGACGAACUUCCUUCGGGAGAAGAAUACUCUCAGCUUCAUUUUUCAGAAACAAAGGAACCCAAUGACAAGGAAAGAAGCGUGAUUGAAAUAGAAUAUGGAGAUGAAAACCUUGAUGUUGAUGAUAAUGAUAAGAAGACCCUACUUCCCAAUCAGCAAACAUUCUCACAUUUGGGGGAAUGAUAAGCCCAAGGAGCAGAAGAUGGUUUCUGAUGUAUUCUUCCUAACGAACUCAAUUUUUGAAAAAUUCACAACACGAUCUUUCAAUUCAGUUAUUAGUUUAAAUAUGGCCUCUUUGAGGCGUGUAACCAUUUUUAGUUCCAUCAAUACUGUACGCAAAAUUUCAUAAAUUUUGGAUUUUUUUUUUU